AUGGACCGGAUAGCUGAGCGGAUCAUGAGCAGCGACCUCGCAGGUGCAGAACAUUUCUUGCAGCUGUACCAGCGGACCUCGAGGCUGAUGGCCAUCCUCACCAAUCAUUCUAUAUUCUUCAGCUUCACUCUACCGUUGGUUUAUUGUUUCCCUGUUCCACUGAUGGACUGGAUGGAGGGGCACUACCGUUCCAGACAACCAUUCAGAAUCGCGAACCCUUUCGACGACAAGCUCCCAGGAGUAAACACGGAGGAACUAGUGGAUGCGUUCUCCCCAGUCGUCAUCAUCUACUACAUGACCACCAUUGGGAUUGUGGUCUGUGGUGCCUUCGUACAGUCCAUGGCACAGAACCUUGCCUUCAUCGUGUACAGCUCACCUUGGUACGACAUGGUGAAGAACAACGCAGAUAUGAUAAGGUUGGUAAUAACCAUCUCCACGAGACGUAUUGAAGUAACAGCAUACAGAGCACCUACUUUCCUCCUAAAUAGGGAAACCUUCGCUAAAUUCAUAGUCACAGCCAUAUCAGCGUUCGUUACUUUAUGUCAAAUGAAAAUGGUCUACGGAUGAAUCGGAGGGCUAUGCUAAUGAAGAAGAACUUGUCUGGCCACUGCAUCGAUAAUAAAUAUGUUCUCAUUA